UUAUUAUUGCAACUUUUCUGUAAAGAUAAAAAUGUUUCCAUAAUUUUUUUAGUUAAAAAAAAUAGAAUUUCUCAUGUUGUUCCCUCAGGUACACAAUACAGUGACUUACAUACACUCCUAAGUAGCUUCAGAGAUUCUUGUAUCUUCCAGUUCCUCAAAUUCUUUCCUCCCAGGGUUUUCUUCUCUGUGAUCAGUGACCCGGAUGCUGGUCUGCAUAAAAACGGUUAUCUCCUAUGGUUCCUGUGCUCUUAAACACAGAAUGAUUUCUUAAACCACUCCUCCUUCCUCUCCCCCAACCCAACACUAAACAAUUAUACUCAGUCAAUUUGCCUUUCUGCUCCCACAAACACUUUGAAGUAAGGCUAUUUGAGCAAUAAGACAGAUCCAGACUUCCAGGACAGGAAAUGUCUCCAUCCUGAAAAAGCCCAGACAGUUUUAUCACUCCAUCGUUCCACUCCUGAAUUGCACCCACUUACCUGCGGUUUAUACCAGUCUGACCUCUUGCAUGAAUUUCAAACCUAGUUGUCUUUUAAGUUAUGUUCUUUGUCCUUUAUUUGGGCCAUCUCUCCAACAUGGUUAUUUUAUUUUUUACAUUUUACAAUGGUAUCAUGACUUGAUUUGAAGAUUUGGAGUACAUGAGUCAAUUGUAAAUGUUCACAUACCUUUCUUUGCCUAUACCUUUACCCAGCCCUUCACUCCACUCUUCUUUCCAUCCUCCAACCAUCAGCCAUGUGCCCAUAGCAACACCUAGAUUUUACAAAUCUGAUUAUUUAGCCCUAGAUAAGAGAUUAUCCAAAGCACCACUAUCGUUAAUCCCUAUAGGCUGGAUGAAUAGAGCCAGGAAAGUUACAAUGUGGUUGCUAAGAUUAUCUUCUUUAGCAAACAUUGACAUCAUGAUACAAUAUUGUUAAAUGUACUCUGGAGGUUCCGGUCCAGGUCUCCUACCUCCAACUGGUGCACAGGCAGCCUCGGAGCCAAACUGGUCAGGAUGAUCACGGACGUGCAGCUCGCCAUCUUCGCCAACAUGCUGGGUGUGUCGCUCUUCUUGCUUGUGGUUCUCUAUCACUACGUGGCGGUCAACAAUCCCAAGAAACAGGAAUGAAAGUGGCGCUUUCUCCGCCCCAGGGUUCCAGGACAUAAGCUGAGGCAAGAUGGAGGGUGUGAAGGACCUUCACACUUCACUUCAUCCCUUCUACCCAUCACAACAUACAAAGCAACUACACCUGGAUUUUUCCAAACAACUUUUAUUUCCUCAAAGUCUUCCUUAACCCUAUGGAACAAGAAACUGCCACUGAAUAGGGCCCAGUAUAGGGGCUGCUUUUCUACUCCCUUCCCUCCCCCCAAUACAAAUAUAUUUAAAAAAAAAAAUGUACUCUGGAGAUCAUUAAAGCACUAAAAAAAAAAUCCUCUCUAGACAUAAAUGAGGCCUCUUAGGAAUAUGUUUUCCAUAGUCAUUCAGACCGGAGCUUUCAAAUGGUGAUUUGGAAAAACACUUCUAUAAUCCACACGGUCACCUGGGUUGACUUUCUGGAGUGCCAAUGUUGAUAACUUAGAACAACUAAGCAAUCUUGAAACUUGCUUUGCGUGAGGAACUUGCUGCAUUUCACCCUCACAAUUUGCUUGUGCUGUCCCUCUUAGGUGUCUAUUCUGCCCAUUCACUCUGGCAAAUUCUCUUUUCAACAGAAAGGGAAAUGGAGAAUCCUCUACUGAGCCCAGCAAUAGUCUAGGGUCAGCAGGGACAAUAUAUUCAGUUACAGGCUUCACCGGCUUCUUUAUUACUGGAGUGUUCUGAUUACUACUAGAGAUCAUUUGAAACCAACCUUUAAUUGAAUAUGAAGAAAGGAACUAAG